CGCACGCACGCUGACGUAAUAAUGGUGUGUUUACGUCCAAUCUGUGUGGAAGUCUCUGCUGCUGCAGUUUGGUUCAACGAGAUAUUCCAGCUGGUUUAAGCCAGAAAGGCAGAGAGAUGAUGAGUUUAUCUUAAAAAUAACAGUCCUCACGGAGGCCCGGGCAUAGCGUGCUGUCAUGGAUUAGCUGUUAGUUGAGUGGCUUUUCUCCGGGCAGUGUGGCUGACAGCAGAAAGAGAGCAACUGGGACAACUAACGUUAGCUAGCAACGCAACUUAGCCUAACGUGUUUGAAUCAGCUGCAGACAGAUUCCUGGAGUAGUUUGAGAUCCUUGAGAGAUUCUCAAGGCAGCAUGGCCCCCAAAGACAUCAUGACCAAUUCCCAUGCCAAAUCCAUCCUCAAUGCCAUGAACUCACUUCGCAAGAGCAACACGCUCUGCGAUAUCACUCUGAGGGUGGAGAACACGGAUUUUCCGGCUCACCGGAUCGUCUUGGCUGCCUGCAGCGACUACUUUUGUGCCAUGUUCACCAGUGAGCUUGCAGAGAAGGGGAAAUCUUUCGUCGACAUCCAGGGGCUCACUGCAGCGACUAUGGAGAUCCUGUUGGAUUUUGUCUACACAGAGACGGUGUUAGUCACCGUGGAGAACGUCCAAGAACUGCUCCCUGCAGCGUGCUUGUUGCAACUCAAAGGGGUGAAACGAGCAUGUUGUGAUUUUUUGGAGAGUCAGCUUGAUCCCUCCAACUGCCUGGGUAUCCGUGACUUCGCCGAAACUCACAAUUGCCUUGACCUGAUGCAGGCGGCCGAGCUCUUUUCCCAGAAGCAUUUCUCCGAGGUGGUGCAGCACGAGGAGUUCAUGCUGCUCAGCCAGACGGAAGUCGAAAAGCUGAUAAAAUGUGAUGAAAUCCAGGUGGACUCAGAAGAACCCGUGUUCGAAGCCGUGCUGAACUGGGUCAAACACAACCGAAAAGAGCGAGAGCCCUACCUGCCAGACAUGCUCGAGUUCGUCCGCAUGCCGCUCCUCACGCCUCGCUACAUUACAGAUGUCAUUGAUGCUGAGCCCCUCAUUCGGUGUAGCCUGCCAUGUCGAGACCUCGUUGAUGAAGCCAAGAAAUUCCACUUAAGACCGGAGCUGAGGAGCGAGAUGCAAGGCCCGCGCACACAAGCUAGAUUAGGUGCCAAAGAAGUCCUGCUGGUUAUAGGAGGGUUCGGCAGCCAACAAUCACCAAUAGACAUAGUUGAAAAAUAUGAUCCGAAAACACAAGAAUGGAGCUUCCUUCCGAACAUUGCACGGAAAAGGCGUUACGUCGCCACAGUGUCCCUCCACGAUCGGGUUUACGUGAUCGGAGGCUACGACGGUCGCUCCAGGCUCAGCUCCGUGGAGUGCCUGGACUACACGGCGGACGAGGACGGCGUCUGGUACACCGUCGCCACCAUGAACGUGCGCCGUGGCCUCGCCGGAGCCACGACGCUCGGAGAUAUGAUUUAUGUUGCUGGUGGCUUCGAUGGCAGCCGACGUCAUACCAGCAUGGAGCGGUACGACCCAAAUAUCGACCAGUGGAGCAUGCUGGGAGACAUGCAGACAGCUAGAGAAGGAGCUGGUCUAGUGGUGGCCAGUGGACUUAUAUACUGUCUAGGCGGCUACGAUGGAUUAAAUAUUUUGAAUUCAGUGGAGCGGUAUGACCCGCACACAGGCCACUGGACAAGUGUUACACCGAUGGCCACCAAGCGGUCAGGGGCCGGCGUCGCUUUACUCAACGACCACAUCUACGUGGUGGGAGGCUUUGACGGCGUUUCGCAUCUCGACUCUGUUGAAGUCUACAACAUCAGAACAGAUUAUUGGACCACUGUAGCCAGUAUGACCACUCCUCGAUGUUACGUGGGAGCAACCGUUCUCCGAGGGCGUCUCUACGCCAUCGCCGGAUAUGACGGGAACUCUCUCCUCAGCAGUAUUGAAUGUUACGACCCGGUUAUCGACUCCUGGGAGGUCGUUACUUCGAUGGCGACGCAGCGGUGCGACGCGGGCGUGUGCGUCCUACGAGAGAAGUGAUCUUUGCCAAGAAAAAAAAAAGAAAGCAGUACAGGCAGCUAGACUUUGCCGCUAAAAAAACAGAACCACAAAGGGAGUUUGUUUGUUCGUCAGUAUGCAAAACUCUUAGCAGUAAAGGGCCGCCCUCCUCUUACUGGAUGGUCAACCCUCCGACACAGAGAUUCAGCUUCGCCGUGGUAAGACUUCACCUCAGACAAAAAGAGGCCUCCAAGGAGCCCAUCACCACUUGCAUGACUCUCUUCGGUGGUGUUUGUUGCUGUCGUUACCUGUGAGAUUAUUUUUUCAGUUUGUCUUCAAAGUGCAAUAUAUUUCUACUCAUCAUAAGGAAACAUUGAAGAAAAAAAAAGAAAAAAGAUGGAGUUGAUUUAGACUCCAGUUGCUGCUAUACGCCUUAUGACUUUGGCCUACAUCAAACAGCGAACAUCCAUGUUGCCUCCCAUCUGACUUUGAUGAUAGUUACAGUACAUUAGCUUAUUAUCAAGUGUACUCAUUCGGCAUUUGCAAGGUCAUUAAUGGGUCAGUCAUUCAACCCUUUUUGUAAUUCUUCCUGUAAACAGUGCUUUUAAAUUCAAAUCACUUUAAUACAAAAGGUUUAAUACUUAUCGUCGCUCUCAGAAUAUAUAUUUAGAAAUAAAUAUUGUUUUAGAAAAUGACUGACUGAAUUGUACCAGUUUACUUUGAUUAUUUUUCGGCCCUCUAUCUGGCACCAGUUGAUAAGAGAGAAAAUCACAAAGUAGUAAGUAUGAGGUGCAUGUGAUUUUGUUUUUCUUCCUCAGCUUAUAAAAUUCAGACGUGUGCAUGUGGGGGCACAAAGGUCAUGACAUCACUGUUGACUGGGAAGUGAAUAAACACACUGAGAACUCA